GUGAACCUUGAUGGCCGCUAGAAACAUUGAUAGAAAAAAAAAACAAUUUCACUAUCUUCACUUGUUUAUUAGUGGUUAUACUCUUUGGUGUAAGCAUUUUGUUUGAGAGGGGAUUACACGGACAGUAGAAGUGUAAUCGUUUAUAUUACGUGGAGAAAUUGAUAAUAUCAAUAAAACUGGAGGUCUUGCAAAAACCGGAGGGCGGCGACAUGUCGGUCGUAGCGCGACGGGACUCCGGAGACUAUUCAGAUUCCCAGGACAUCGAGCGAAACUCGACAAACGAUGGGCCGGAGUCGGACUACGACUCGGCGGCCAGCGACUCCGAGCACUCGGACCAGGACCCUGAGAGUCAGGAGACAGAGAGGCGAGUAGAUGAUGAUGAGGAUAGGAGUAACCCUCAGUACAUUCCGAAGCGGGGCACAUUCUAUGAACAUGAUGACCGAACUGCAGCUAGCGGCUCGGAGCCGGCCAACACGACCUCGGAGACGUCCUCCGAGCAGACUCCGGGCUCGCCGGCCGCCGAGCGGCGCCGCGCGCGCAAGUCCGAGGUCAUCGACCGCUGGGCGCACGACAAGUUCAACGAGAACGACCAGGCGCCGAAGUCGCGCGACGAGCUGGUGGCGGUGUACGGCUACGACAUCCGCAACGAGGACGCGCCGCCGCACGCGCGCCGCAACCGCAGAUACGGGCGCGGGCCCAACAAGUACACGCGCACUUGGGAGGACGAGGAGGCGUACCGGCGCGCGCAGGCGGCGCCGCGCCGGCCGCCCGGCCCCGACGACUUCCCCGACCUCGACACCGCGCACAAGCACAGUAGAAGGCUCCGCGGGCCUCGUCCGCGCUCCAGGUCGCAGCCCACGUCCAACGAGUCGCUCUCCAACGGCACCGCCACCGGCGCCGCGCUGCGCCGCCACGCCUCCACCAAGGCCAAGCCCAAGCCCAACGCCAACGCCAACGCCAAUGCCAGACCGGACGCCAGCGCCAAGCCCAAGGAAGCGUUGCCCAAGCUGGAGAACCUCACUAUUACCACUACUGUACUCAAUAACAACAGCCAGCCGACGCGGAAGGUGAACGCCGUGGCGCAGCAGCGGCCCGUGCCCACCGACCAGGGCAAGAAGAAGGCGCCGCCACAGCCGGCGGCGCCUCAGUCCCCGCCGGCGCCGGCGCCGCAGCAGAAGGCCUCCACUCCCGCGCAGCCCGCGCAGCCCUCGGCAGGGACAGGCGCGGAGCCCCGCGGCAGUAAGCGGUAUAGUAGCCUACGGCAGCGCCCGCUCGCAGAGACGUACUCGCCGCAACAGUCGCAAGGACAACAACAACAACCCCAACAGCAGCCGCAGAUGCGAUAUCAUCCAGCAGAGUACGCGGGCGGCGCGUCGCCGGCCGCCGGCCACCAGGGCGGCCCGCACCCGCAGCCGCUCAUACACCCGGUGCAUCGGAACGCAGGCCCGGCGCAGCACGGCCCCGCGCCGCCGCAGCACCCGCAGCAACACUCGCAACAGGUCCGGCACGUGGGCAUGGUGGAGCCGCCGCAGCUGAUGUCGCACGCGCACCACAACAUGCACAGCCUGCCGCCGCAGCCGCACUCCAUGGCCGCGGCGCCUCUCGCGCCGGCGCAGGGCUACGCGCCGCCCGCCAUGAUGCCCGCGCAGUACAUGCAGCAAGGCGGCAACGGCGCGGUGUUCGGCGGCGCGGCGCUGUACGCGGCGCCGCCGCCGCAGCCCUACCCGCACCAGCUCUACCAGCAUCACAAUUAUGCGACGUCGGCGGGCGGCGUGACGUACUACACCGCGGUGGAGCAGGAGCCGCCGGCCGCCGCGCCGCGCGCGCCGCGCCGCCCCACCGCCGCCAUCCCCAUCGUGCCGCCGCAACCCCCGCCGCAACCCCAGCCACAACCCCAGCCGCACCCCCAGCGCCCCGACAGGCCCGCGAAUUCGUCUGAAAAGGACAACAUAGACAGGAUCGUAGAGAACAUGUUCGUGCGGAAACCCUGGCCCGGCGCGCAGCCCAGCUUAGAUGGCACAGAAGACCCAGAAAGCCGUAGUCAGAAAGCGGGCGAGAGCCGCAAGGAGUCAUCGCAGCCCGGCAGCCUCACCUCCAGCUCCCUCUCCACCGACUCCAGCAAGCCCGAGGAGCACGCCGCAGACAACAAGCCAGAGGUGAAGGAGACAUCGGAAAGUAUAGACGCCUGACUGGUGCGGGUGAAGCUCUGCGAGUGCUACCAAACAAAAUAUUACAACGGGAGGUAAACCGGCCGCCGACGGUCAUACUCAGCUUAUCUACUCAACAUAGCCGACAAUGAAGCCUGCAAGGUGAAUUCAUCUACCGGGCAACCAUUCUGGCUUAACCCUGCCUAUGGUCAAAAUUGGCUAAUUGAAUAUUAUAUACAAUACAUAUUAGUGCCUAAGCAUACGAGGGGUUUAGCUAUACUGUGAUGAAUAAAUGAUCGCUCUUUUACGAAAUUAUUGUCCGAGCGUCACUAAUGGGUGGUUGCAUCUUGGUUUCACCCGUUUAUAGAUAGGCUUCAAUUAACUAGUUUUUGGAGCUUUAAUUUUUGUCUAUAUUUAAACCUGUACUAAUUUGACGUUACUAUGAAAGGAUUUAAGAAUUGUAUAGAAUCAGAAUUGUAUAGAUGUGCACAUGAUCGCCCAAAAGCCGGGCAAGUGCGAGUCGGACUCGCGCACGAUGGGUUCCGUACCAUAAUGCAAAAAAAGGGCAAAAAAACGGUCACCCAUCCAAGUACUGACCCCGCCCGACAUUGCUUAACUUCGGUCAAAAAUCACGUUUGUUGUAUGGGAGCCCCACUUAAAUCUUUAUUUUAUUCUGUUAUUAGUAUUUGUUGUUAUAGCGGCAACAGAAAUACAUCAUCUGUGAAAAUUUCAACUGUCUAUCUAUCACGGUUCGUGAGAUACAGCCUGGUGACACACGGACGGACGCACGGACAGCACAGUCUUAGUAAUAGGGUCCUGUUUUACCCUUUGGGUACGGAACCCUAAAAAUGUAUAUUAUGUUAUGUCAAUGUAAUUGCGCUAUAUUCACCGAAUGUUUCCUUGGUUUAUGACAUAAAUAUCACGUCGGUUAUGAGUUAUGACGAAAUAGGAGUAACGGAGAAUGUAAUACGCUCUCGAUUCUCUGAAUUUGUUUUUAACAUGACCUUUCGUUGGAACACACACUGUAGCUUUAGUUGACCCAAGAAUAAUUAAUUAAAUUUUGAAAUUAGCUUAGUAUGACCGUCUAGUAUUAGUUGUUAGGUCUAGAAUUUUCAAAUUACUAUUUGGCUGUGUUCUCGUCUAAAUGGGAUGACGUAUUUAUGUUUAUUUUUAAUUUUCUUUUUUAGUCGUAUAUUUAAACUUUCUUAAUCCUUUGUCAUUUGUUUUUUUAUUGCUUUGUUUCUAAAUAUCAAUUGUAAAUACAUUUUAGCGCUGUGACGCAAAGUAUCACGUUCAAACCCAACUUUUCUAAGGGUGGUAUUCCACCUGUCCGAUUUCUUUCCCCGAUGUGUAUUUUGUCUCACAUUUUGCUUAAUGACAUUGGACCAAGAUAUUGGACAGAUGGAAUACCACCCUAAUAUAGAAGGCGCUAUAAUGAAAAACUUGUAGGGAAUACAUUUUCUAAGCAACCACCAUUAUUUAUGAUUGAUAAGUGAUAUUAUUCUACUAUUGCCUUAAAUGUUAUGUUAUACACGUACGAAAAAGUGAAUUCCACUCGUAUCAGUGUCAAAUACCUGUUGUUUUGUAAUGAGGUGUUUGUAAAAAUAUAUAUUAUCAAACGGUCCCAUGCAGACAGAAUUUCCUAAAAACUAUGUCCAAAUGUAUGAAUCGUAAAUCUAGAUGUAAUAUAGAUCUUUUUAUUGUAAUAGUGGAAUAUGAUUUAAAAGGCUAAAACUGGUUAAUGAAUAUAGUCAUCAAUUUUUCCUUUAAGUAUAAGAAAGUCAGUUUCGUCUGUCGUUUUUGUAAUUAUUUUUACACAAAAGUCGUAAUGCAGCUUCGAACACUUCCUCCUAAGGUCCGCGAUACGGUUACUAUUAUAGCCGUACCAUGAGUAGCCAUUUUACGUUUACGUUAUUACGCUAGCGACCGCAUAAACUCGAUUGCAGUCCGUCUCGGAGAGGGAAUGCGAUCGAAUUCACGCAGUCGCUAAAGUAAAUGUCAAAUGCCAACUCGUCAUAGCCAUGCUGUAGAGUGUAAAUGUAGAGAAUAGUGUUGAAUAUCGAAAUUUUAGAAAAGACUGAAGUUUAAUUGAAAUCAAAUACUUUUUAGAGUAUAGAGCACAAGUUGUAAUAAUGUUAAACUUAAAAUCUUGCUUAUUUUAAAAGCACUCUUAGGAAUAGCACAUUGAGUUCCCGUUUAGCUUUUCCGACUGCUAAUUUGAAUGAUAUCGGAGUUGGCAUUAAGGGACAUGCUAUUGGAAAUGCUAUUAUUUAGGCGCGAUUAUUCUGUUAGCACUAUUAUAACAACUUGUUCUCUUGUGUGAGAAAGUCUUAGAAAUAAAGUCAAGCAUUCUAAACAUUUGCAUACUUAUCAUUUUUUUUGUCAUCAGUAAUUAUUGCCUGUAUAAGAACAAUUAUGUCAUAACACUGAACGCGGCUCUCUUAAUUGGCAUACUAAAAUCGGUCAUACAAUUGUAAUACUAAAGUUGUUUUAUACCGAGUGUCAUCUGUAACACGAGCAAUUAAUUAAAACAUGAUUGUACUCCUCAAACAACUUUGUUUAACCAUUCGUAUGUGUGUGUAGAAUCUAUCUUUUAGGCGAUUUAUGCCUUAUUGUUGUCACGUAAUUAUGUUAACCAUUAUUCUAUACGAAACCUUCUUUGAUGGGUAGCCACAUAUUUUAAAACAGCGUGGGUGCGGUUUUGUAAGAAUUUGCGUUUUAAGGUCAUAAGCUGUAUGGAGACGACAUCACCGUACCCAUGCCGGUUAAAGAAUACUUGAGAUGGCGAAGCACAGCGUCGUAUGUUAUGCGGGAGUUAGACUGUCACUAAUUGUGGGUUGUGCAGCGCCAUCUAGCUCAGUACGUGGGUAUAUUAUAAAGCCUGACAACAGUUUAUUUGACCCUCGCCAUUUUGCGGAUUUUCAAUGGUACUAAUUUAUUUUACUGGCAACAAGUACUCUUUGACAACGAACGUUGGAUGUCAUCGAAUGUCACCGAUGUAAACAAACGAAAAAUAUCUACGAAUAUAUUCAAAUAUAAACGGUUUUAUUACAAGAAUGCCAAAAAAAUUUACCAAACAUGCGAAAAAAAUUGUAGUGAAUGCAAUCAAAUACACUUACAGCUUAAAAAAGACAAAGGAUUACAUAGCAUUCCAAUAAACAAUGUUUUAAAGUUGCUUGUUGACAUGACCGGUAUUGACAUUUUAUAGUGCGGUUUUAUUGAACUGGUUAGUUGUUUGGUUUAAACUUUGAUAUUUCAUUUAAGGUUUAAAUGUAGAUCGUCGAUAAAAAUCCUAUAAUCGAAUUGGAGACUGAACGUUUUAUAAUCGAGGUUGGUAGUCCUGACAGCGACACAACAUCUGAUGAAAAUCAGACUUCGUCAGAGUCAGAAAACGGAGAAUAUAUAAAUAUUGAAUAUUUAGAAUCAGAUUUUGACGAUUAGGUAAAUUGAAAGAACCGAAUUCUCUGUAGCAAUGUUUUGACAUUAUACGAGUAUCAACAACAACAUGAAGCCAAUGCCCACUACCCCGACUAUACAUGACGUACGCACAUUAUUGCCAUACGUAAGCUGUUUGCAGCGACACUAUCUCAGGGUUAAAUAAACUGUUGUCAGGCUUUAAUUCAUCUGUCUAUCGUACUAGAUCUGACACAUACUAAGGCCUACUUGCACCAUUCCACUAACCCGGGGUUAAUCGGUUAAACCUUUAACCAAGUGUCAAAUUGCACUGGUAACCAUGGUAACUCCAUGAUUUAACCAGUUAACCCUGGGUUAGUGAAUGGUGCAAGUGGCCCUAAGCAGACGGCAUGAACCUGCUGGCUUGCAUCGUAGUCAAGUUUCGAUGCAUUUUUAUUUACUCCAAAAUUAUAAAAAGACAUAAGAACAAUAUGACUUCGUCCACAAAUAACUCCAGUGAGUAAUAGUAAUAUUAGUUCUAAAGCAAAUGUAAAUAUCAGAAUGAAAUGGCGUUCUGUUAUAUAUUAAUUGUAAUCGAUAAUAGAUCGGUUGAUGAUAGAUAGAUAAGACAUUUUUGACCUUUAACAUGCGAUUUAUACAUAACUCGCAAAUUUACAUGCAAUUCGGUUUUUAUAUAUGUACGGCCAAUCCAAAAUAAGGGUUAUGAUUUUAGCCCUCUAUUGUUCGUUUGUAAGCUUAUUUCGUGUCUUUCAAAGUUAAAAUUUAAACUUGAGCCGAAUUUCACAUACAACCGGAUUUCAUUGCCAAGUAUAGGGCUUUACGAAAUGUAAGUAAAAAUACCUUUGUCGAAUAGAUUGUUAUACGAUGGUGGAAGUGUUAUAUUUGUUCGUGUAUAAACUUCCACGCAUGUAAGUGUACAGAAAAGUAUAACCUAUGUUGUUUAUGACUAGUCUUUUUUUAAUCGAAACGGCCCCAAGGGAACAUAUAUUUUAAUAAUGCAGUUAUUUUAGCGACUGGCAAUAAUUAGUUAUAUUGUCCUUGGGUUAGUUUCAAAUGAUAUUUUCCAUAAAAUGAGAAAAAUAAAAAAAAAAAGCUUUUGUAAACUAAGCUGGUUAUUUAUUAUAAUAAAUCUUCUAAAACUC